AUGGCUGGCGUUCUCUCAUUGAAUCACCUUCAAAACUUAGCUCGGUUUCAACAAAGUCAGACCCGUCAUUUUCUUCUUCAGCAUAACCCUAUUCCCACUGCUGGCUCCUGGAUGUGGAACCCUAAGGUUCAACCCUAUAAACCAGAUGACGAUUCAUGGGAAGUCCGGGCCUUCGCUGAGGACACCGGUAACGCGAUGGGCACGACUUGGCCGCCGAGGUCGUAUACUUGCACUUUUUGCAGAAGGGAAUUCAGGUCAGCUCAAGCACUUGGUGGUCACAUGAACGUACACCGCCGUGACAGGGCUCGGCUCCAUCAAAUACAGCUACCUGGUGGCGGUGGUGUUUCUGUUCCGUUAAUCAACCAAGCCUCACCGUCUUCGACUACUCAAGAAUUCGCCACAAAUAGUGGCAUGUGCCUCCUAUACCAAUUACCUAGCCCUAAUGGGGUUUUUAGUUAUCCACCAAUUAACAGUGCAUGUUCCUUUGAUUCACCUUCGACCCUUCUCUCCAUUUCACCAUAUCAUCCUUCUAACAACUCGACGGUGGCGCCACCGUCUAUAAAUUUUCCAGCAACGCCUCUGGGGUUGAAUAUUUCUUCUCUUAGUUACUCAACAAAAGCCGAAUCUUCAACCACUUCUGCCGCCGGAACUAAUCUCAAGGAAACAUCAAUUGAAGAUCUUGAUCUAGAGCUCCGACUAGGGCAUAGUCCGACAACAUCUUGAAGGAAAAGAAAGAAAGUAAAAUAACAAAAUCAAAGAGCUUGAG